CCCUUGGGAGGCAAGGUCCUUUGAGGACACGCAGGCUCGAGAGCACGUGCAAAUGCCAACAGGAAUUGGCUGUCUCGCCGGUCUGCGCCCCGUUUCCCUCCGCCUGCUGCGCAUCAGGCUGGACAGCCCGUGCGAAACAAAAAUGACAUCUUUCCUCUGCACUGCACUUGUUCUCCAAGGAGCUCACGGUGGCAGGCGUGGCUCUCCCCCGACUUCCUCCUCCCCUGUUAUCCGGGCAACAAGCAGCCUUGUGAGGAAGGCUAGGCUGGCUGGCCCAGGUUGACUUUAUGCUAGUCCCCAGCCUAGCCUUUCCUGCCCAGCCACCUUUCCACUUCUGGACCACAAUGCCCAUCAGCCUGAGCCAAUGCUGGCUGGGGAUGAGGGGGGCUGUGGCCCAACAUGUGGAUGGGUGCAGCUGCUCCUUGUACUUGGCCUGCAUGCAUAGAGCCCUUGCUUUAACAAUGUCUCUCUCACUGCAUUGACUAAAGCUAAUCUGCACAUGUCAAAGAGGUUGGAAAGGUGACACUAGAUUGCUUUACUUCCUGAGUUUAGCUCCCAGUUUCCCUGUUUGGAUGCAGCUCAUGGUGCACUUUGUAGCCUGACAUUUUAAUUUGAUAGCUUGGAGAGUGUGGCUUCAAAUGACUGAAUCUGUACUGAUAUCUCCCUGUGUUUUCUCUGAAUGUCUCCUGGGCUUUGCACCACGUAAAGGCAGCUGGCUCUUCAGAAGAAGCAAAAAUCUAGCCCAACAGGAACACAAGUUACUUGCAUAGUCACGCUUGUAUAUUCAUCCUCAAGUGAUCCGUGUUUGGUAUAACCCUGCCUUUUGCAGUUCACCCAUUUGAAACAAAUUCUGCUUUGGGUAGCAGAAACGCAUCAGCAACAGUUAUGCAGACCUUAUUUUUGAAUAGGCCCCUGGUCGGUUGGAUAAUUAAUGCAUCGCUGAAAAUAGUCGAGCUGUUAGCUAACAUGCUACUUGUGCUGGCUAAAUUUUUUAGGAGGUCAGGGAGCCAAAGAAGUGGCAUACUUGUUUAAAAAGAAACUCCCUUCCUGGUCUAGAAUAUGCAGGCGGGGACAUAUUUUCUUUUCAGUGGCAGGCAAAGAUCUUUUUAUUUUCCUGGUAUUUUAACUGUUAGAUUGAUUUUAAUGGUUUUGUAAAAUUUAAUUUAGAGUAUGGUCUUACCUUUUACAUAUUCAUGGAUUCCAGUAAGUGUGAUACUGGUAUUUUUUAAUUGUCCUAUGAUUAGGUUAUAAUAUUGAGAUGUUAGGGUUUUAUUAUAUGGCUAUAUUGAUCGUUGGGUUUUUGUUUGUUUGUUUUUGGUCACCUCCCAGGGAGCCUUGUGGUUAAUGGGGCAGGCUAAACAUCUAAUAAAUAAUAAAAUAAUGAAUAUGGGCCUCAAUCCCACUUUUGCAACUAUAGAAGGUCUCUUUGAAUAAGCCAGUCCCUUUCAGCACCAGACCCUGCUCUGUGCAUUGACCACGCAAUGGAUUUUGUUCUGCAAGUGCAGCUGAGGCGGUUUGUCAGGAUAAUAAGCAGCCUUCCUCAGCUGAAUUUUGCUUCAGCCGUCAGGUACCAGCUCUUCCCAUCCCGGCGGCACAUCUCUGUGGCAGCAGUUCUGCAGAGAGCUUCCGGUGAGCAGAAGCAGCCUCCUACGGAGCCACAUGCAGAGCCUCCGCCGGCAGAAUCGCAGCACGAAGAGUAUCUGCACUCACGUCCCAGUUACACGGAUCAGGGUGGUGAAGAAUCGGAGGGCUACGAGAGCGAGGAGCAGCUGCAGCAUCGGAUCCUGACGGCAGCCCUGGAGUUUGUGCCUGCUCUCGGCUGGACACCGGAUGCAAUUGCAGAAGGAGCAAAGUCACUCGGUCUCUCCGUUGCUGCAGCGGGGCUGUUCCACAACGACGGCAGUGAACUGGUCCUGCACUUCGUCUCCCGGUGCAACUCCAGGCUCUCUGAGCUUCUGGAGGAGCAGGAGAAGCUGGUGCAGCUCGGCCAGGCAGAGAAGAAGAAGACAGACCAGUUUUUAAAGGAUGCCUUAGAAGCCAGGCUGAGGAUGCUCAUCCCGUAUAUCGAGAAAUGGCCCCAGGCCAUUAGCAUUCUGCUGCUCCCUCACAAUAUCCCGGCCAGCCUGAACCUCUUGUCGAGUAUGGUGGAUGACGUGUGGCAUUACGCGGGAGACCAGUCCACUGAUAUAAACUGGUACACCCGCCGCACGGUGCUGGCCGGCAUUUACAACACUACGGAGCUGGUGAUGAUUCAGGACUCUUCCCCCGAUUUCGAGGACACCUGGUCCUUCCUGCAAAACCGGAUAACGGAUGCCAUGAACGUGGGCCACACCGCAAGGCAGGUGCAAGCAACCGGGGAAGCCCUCGUUCAGGGCCUACUGGGAGCAGCCGUUACUAUAAAGAAUCUCACAGGGCUGAGCCAGCGCCGCUGAGUGGGAGAAGACGGAGGGGUGCGCAACUUUCCCAAGACCUGCCAAGGAAUGGUGCAUGACGCCUGGGAAUCCCAUGGAAAGGACUCGGCACAAGUCGACACAUCCUCUUCAGCCUAUUGGAGGAACUUCUGUUUUCUGGGCCACAUAAAUGUCGAAACCGGGUCUCCUGAUUAUGCCAUUUACCUUGAUGUUUGACCUGCCUAAAGAAAAGUUACAAGUAUGGUCCAUUUAUAGAAAAUCAUUCGGAUGACCCCUUUUGGGCCCAAGGAGUCUUUUCCCCCUUUUUGUCCAAAGAGGCGUGUGUUGUGUGUAGAAAUUGCAAAGCUCUAUGAUUUUGUUCCUGUUCCCAGGAGACUGAAGAUGGUGUCACAGGUUCUGGUUCUGUUCUUUUCGUGGCUUUUUCUCUGCUAGGAUAUACAACAACAAAGUGGAUUACCAUUGUCAACUCAGAGCCCGAUUCCCUAUCAGCAGCUUGCUGACAAUGCGUGCUGAAUUUUCUGCAAGUGCAUCAUUUCCUCAGGUCCUGGACAUGAGCUUUUCUGUAAACUAAUUAAAAGCAGCCAGUGGUUUUCCAUG